AUGGUUUUGGUAAUAAUCGAAGUAAUAGAAGGAGAAGUGGAAGGGCAAACACAUACCGACUUGCCGGAAAGUGAACGUGCUUACUUUGCUCAUCCUAUAGAUGUACACCUUGCUACUAGAACAAUUCAAGGAAAAUUUAAAUUAAAAUUAAAAAAAAUUUUUCCCUUUAAAGGCUGGCCAAGAAUACUCGUAGAAGUGUGGCAUUAUGAUAAAUACGGGCGUCAUUCAAUUUCUGGUUAUGGAAAUUGUUUUGUGCCUAGUUCACCUGGAGAGCAUAAAGUAGAGUGUCAUUGUUGGAGACCUAAGGGAAAUUUUAGGGAAGAAUUGACUCGGAGUUUUAUUGGAGGGGGAUUGCAGCUACGCUCAGCUAAUGUUCUUUUAGGUAUUUAA